UGACAGUUCACAAACAAAUUAUCUCAUGUUAUAUUUACGAUUGCAAAACAAAUGCGAUAGAAAAAUUAUCAAAGAAAUUAGAAACAUAUUUACCGUUUGAAUGGAUCCAAAAGAUACGUACGUUUCAACUUGUUAAUUCGUAUAAGAAUCUGAUAACAAACAUGGCAGCAAUUCUCGGCGGCGGCCUCGGAGGUCUCUCCACGGGUUAUUACCUUCUUAAAAACAAUUUACUCACUUCCAAUGCUCUGAAGCUGUACCUAUUAGAAGCUAGUAAUAGCUGCGGUGGCUGGAUCAAAUCCAUCAAGACAAAAGACUACGUUUUCGAGCAGGGACCGCGGACUAUUCGCCCGAAAGGCACCACCGGCUUAAACACGUUAAACAUGAUUCAAGACCUAGGUCUGAGCGAGCACAUCUCUGCCAUCACCCCAGAACACCCCGCUGCUAAGAAUAGAAUGAUCUAUGUGAACCACAGCCUGCAUCUGCUGCCUUCGAGUCUAAAAAGUGUUUUCCAAACUAAGCAACCAUUCUCGAAACCUUUAAUCUACGCCGCAUUUACCGAUUUAAAACAAAAGCCUAAGAAAGAAAUGACAGACGAUUCUAUUUACAACUUUGUUGAGAGAAGAUUUGGUAAAGAGAUAGCAGACUAUGCUAUCUCUCCAAUGAUUUGUGGCAUAUGUGCUGGAGAUGCCAAAGAGAUAUCUGUAAAGUUCUUAAUGAAAACCCUUUUUGAAUGGGAACAGAGCUAUGGCGGUGUGUUAAAGGGGUUCAUGAAGACUAUGUUCAAACCUAACAGUGAGGAUAUUUUAGAAUUGAGUGAGCUAGCAAAGAGAGCCCAGGAAGAAAAAUGGAAUGUCUACACAAUAAAGGGAGGCCUGGAGACUUUUCCGUCGGCUCUCCACAACCAUCUCAAGACAAACAAUGUGGAUAUCCAAAUGAAUAGCAAAAUAGAGGAACUAGAGUUUGUUGACUCCAGUACUGUGGUGCUUAAGAAUGCUUCCGGUGAACAGCUUAAAGCGAAUCAUGUUUAUUCCUCAAUUCCAUCGCAUUGUUUAGCCAAGUUAGUUGGGAAACAACACCCACAACUAGCUGAGAGUCUCAAUGAGAUUCCAUUCGUCACAGUUGGCAUAGUCAACUUGUUUUUCGCAACUCAGCAGCCUAUAACACCGGCAUUUGGGUUCCUCGUGCCUCCGAUCGAAAACUCCCCAAUAUUAGGAGUCGUUUUUGAUUCAUGUUGCAUGCCGGACCAGAAUGGUACAGUCCUUACCGUGAUGCUGGGUGGCAGAUGGUUUAAGGAGAAAUUUGGAGACAAUGUGACAGAGCAAGAGCUUCUAAGAAUAGCCAUGAAGGAAAUUAAAAGCAUUCUUAAUAUAAAGGAGCAACCGACAGACUCGCAUGUAAAUAUUCUAAAGAAUUGCAUUCCACAGUAUGUUAUAGGGCACUAUGAAAGGGUGGAUGGUAUCCGGAAGUACAUAAGAGACCAUAACCUCCCUAUUUCUAUUGUCGGGAGCAGUUAUGAUGGAGUUGGCAUUAAUGAUGUGAUCUUUUCAGCCAAAAAGCAGGUGGAGGGAUGUCUGUGAAAAUAUAAGUAUAUUAUAUUGGGAGUGGGUGCAAAUUAAUGUGUAGGUAAAUGGUGUACUUGUCUUCCAAAAUGAACUACACAAAUGAUUCAAUUUAAUAUGUUCCAAGUUUUUAUUUACUGCAGAA